CCAUUCUCUUUGUGAAAAGCUUUGUCAGGAAGGAAAUGGGCAGGAGGUGCUCACAUUGUGGGAAUAUAGGCCACAAUUCGAGGACCUGCUCCACUUUCAGGGGUACUACUACCACUGCUGGUGGCGGUGGACUUCGGCUGUUCGGUGUUCAGCUGCAGCUCGACAUACCUUCGUCUGUUGCUGCUAAUAAUAUGAAGAAGAGUUUCAGCAUGGAUUGCUUGUCUUCUUCCUCGGCCUCUCUUUCUCCUUCAUCUUUGUCUUCCUCUCGAGUUUCCAUCGAUGAGAAUUCUGAUAAAAUCUCCGUUGGUUAUCUGUCUGAUGGUGGCCGAUCUCCCGAGAAAAAAAAGGGAGUUCCAUGGACAGAAGAGGAACACAGAAUCUUUUUAGUAGGGCUUGAGAAGCUUGGGAAAGGAGACUGGAGAGGCAUCUCCAGAAACUUUGUUACUACCAGAACUCCGACCCAAGUUGCUAGCCACGCUCAAAAGUAUUUUCUCCGACUGGCAACGCUCGACAAGAAGAACCGACGUUCCAGCCUGUUCGACAUGGUUAGAAGCAGUAGCAUGGCCGGACCUCCUCCUAGUCUCACAAUCCCUCGAUUCAAUUCGGAUCGUCAUCAACAUCAACAUCAUCAUCAUCCCAAGCCGGUCGACGGUUCGCCGCAUGACACAACACCUGAUCUAGAGCUCACACUUGCGGCCCCGAGGCCGGCUUUAGAAGAAAACAAGUCGUCCCCAACGACCCUCAUCAGUGUUACUUAACAAUAACUUUUCAGU